AUGGCGUUCAAGCAUUUAGCAGUGUUAUUGACGUGCAUGUUGGCCGCUGCAGCUAAUGCCGUCCCCGGCGCAGUUGAAAGCACAACGACCCCAAGCGUGGACAGCUCUACCAAUGAACUUCCUGAAUCCCUGACGACCCCAAGCGCUGACAACUCUACCAUUGGACUGUCUGAGCCCCAGUUUUCUUCAACCUAUCGAAUGGUCCAUGACCUCUACAAUCUCGUUGCUUACGAAAGCUACGACCUAGCGGCUUCCCGAGCCUUAGACCUUAUGCGUAAUAAUCGACCCGAUGUCAUUAAAUCAGCUGUCGACUUGUUAAUUGAACACAAAAGAACAUUUAUUGCCCCUUUCGCAUACAAACUGGGGGCUGCUGGAGGCGAAGAUAUUGUAAAGUCCCAGUUUCCCACGGCGUACAAAAUGGUACUAAGCGAUCAUUUUUUUAAAUUAAUCAACUACCAAGAUCGUUGUUCCUUUGAGUUAGGUCCAACUCCAGACUUUGCCAAUGACAAGAGGCUCUACGGCAACAACGAACGUCCGCAUAGCCAGAAUUACCAUUGGAAGCUCGAGGCCGUCGAGGACGAUGGCAAGAUUUAUUUUAAGAUACGUCACCGCCUAGAAAAUAGGUACUUGAAGCUGGGCAACUCCAUGGACCGCGACGGCGACUAUCAAGCGUUUGCUUCUGCAAACUCAGACUCGAACAGGCACCUGUGGUCGUUCCAGCCUGUGAUGUACAACGGGGAACUCUUGUUCUUCGUUAUCAAUCGUGCGCAUUACCAAGCGCUGAAGCUCGGCCGAGGCGUAUAUCACGGUAAUCGCAACCUUUUCGGUCAAGGUGGAAACUUUGCCAACCACCCUGAACUUUACGGCUGGACCAUUCAAGCUUUCGAAGUUCCAAUUUUGUAAUUAUCAGGGACUAGAAAUCCACGUUCGAAAUUAAUAAUUGAAUUGUUGAAAUUUUUGCAUUCGAUCGCAACACAUCUGUUUGUCUAUUUCUAUAUAAAACCACAUACCUACUACUAUACUACAUUCCUUU